CCCAUUAAUUUCUCUCAUGCGCUUGUCUUCCUUCUCAGCAACACCUCCUGUGAUCUUCAUUGCUUCUCUCUCUGUCUCUCUCUCCGACGACCCUUCUCUUCCCCACAUAGCUUUUGGUUUCCUGACAUCGCUCCCCACUUCUUCUCGUUCUCCCUCAGCUCGCGAUAUCCUGUCCCUAGAACUUGUCUCACCCCUCACCCCACAAGAGGAACAACUUGCACUAGCAUUGUCUUCUAGUCCUUGUUCUUCCCUAUUUAUAGCUCGUCUUGGACGCCCAUACACACCAGAAAGCGCCAUCCGCUAGCGAAGAUGUCAAGCAGGAGGCCUCGAUCGUGGCAGUCGAGCUCGGCGUCGAGGAUCACCGACGAACAGAUCAAUGAUCUGGUGUCCAAGUUGCAAGCAGUCCUCCCUGAGGCCCGCAUUCGCAGAUCCGAUAGAGUGUCGGCAGCCAAGGUCCUGCAGGAGACCUGCAACUACAUCAGAAGCCUGCACCGCGAGGUGGACGACUUGAGCGAAAGGCUCUCGGAGUUGCUCGCUUCCACGGAGUCCAGUAGCGCUCAAGCUGCCAUCAUUAGAAGCUUGCUCAUGUAGAAGAUCCACCUUUAGGUCGGUCAUUUGUCUGCUGUAUCAAACGAAGGUGUCAUUUCAAGAACAUCGUGGUGAACCAUGCAAUGAGAUCCAGGAAGUGCUCAUUGCAACAUGACUGGCGGGUUCGGCGUGGUCUCGAUGUACUGAAACGAGGAGCUAAACUUGUGCGUGUCGAUCGUGUAGUGCUACUGGUCCUUGUAGUCUUGAGCAACGUUCUUAAUUGAAUGAGUUUGUCGGAUCAAUGUUCUUGCAACGCUUAGCUUCCCUCAAAAGAAGAAGAAAGCCAUUGAUCAUCUGCAAUAUAC